GCAGUAGGAUCUGUAUGACAGUGCAAGGGUACAGCUCUACGCUGAGGGGCAGAUAGAGAGAAAGAGAUUCUCGCGAUCCCGCCAUACUUCUCUACCACUAUUCCACCAUAACCACCAUAAUAUUAAUUCAGAGCAAUACCGUUUCCUACGCGGUACAGGAAAUUCGCUGGGAUUGCUACAAUCAAGGAUUCUCCACUCGCCUUCGGACUUCAUCGGACUGCAACGUUACUGUUAGGCGAACUUUCCCCGUAUUAUUUUUUUUAAGAUUCCUCUUCGAAAUUCUUUCGUUUUCAGUUGCAACUCGUAGAAAUUUACACGUGCGUUUCAUUUUUUUUUUAAUAGCAGCCUCAAUAUAAUUUUUUGACAAAUAGUCCUCUGUUUGUAGAAAAGUUUUUUUUAGUUGAUUUUUUUUUUUUUUUACGGCGGGAAAGCAUUGAUUUUUUUCCACAAUGAACAAGCUAUAUAUUGGAAAUCUGAAUGAAAAUGUGACCGCUGAGGACUUGGUUAAAACCUUUGAAGACUACAAGAUUCCUUACACUGGGCAGUUUCUAGUGAAAACGGGAUACGCGUUUGUUGAUUGCCCGGACGACCAAUGGGCUAUGAAAGCAAUUGAAACAUUUUCGGGUAAAGUGGAACUUCACGGCAAACGAAUUGAAGUAGAACAUUCUGUCCCUAAGAAACAAAGGACCAGGAAACUCCAGAUUAGAAACAUUCCACCGGAUUUACAAUGGGAGGUGUUUGAUAGUCUACUUGCCCAGUGUGGAACUGUUGAAAACUGUGAACAAGUUAACACAGAAAGCAAGACAGCUGUGGUGAAUGUCACUUAUGCAACGCGGGAGCAGGCCAGACAAGCGAUCCAAAAGCUGAAUGGUUACCAGUUUGACAACAACGCUUUGCGAGUGUCCUACAUACCGGACGAGAGUUUGGAAGUUGACUCACAGCGCAGCCCUGACAAUGGUCGUCGCUCUGGUUAUGGUGCUCGUGUUAACUCUAGACAGGGUGCCCCUGGCACAGGGAUGCCCUCUAAGCAUCAGCACACUGAUAUACCUCUCCGUUUGCUUGUACCAACCCAGUAUGUGGGCGCCAUCAUCGGCAAAGAGGGUGCCACCAUCCGCAACAUCACCAAGCAGACACAAAGCAAGAUUGAUGUCCACCGUAAAGAGAAUGCCGGUGCCGCAGAAAAGCCCAUCAGCAUCCACUCAACUCCUGAGGGCUGCUCGGCAGCCUGCCGUAUGAUUCUCGACAUCAUGCACCAGGAAGCCAAAGACACCAAAACUGCUGAUGAGGUACCUUUGAAGAUCCUUGCCCACAACAACUUUGUCGGUCGUCUGAUUGGCAAAGAGGGGCGUAAUUUGAAGAAAGUAGAACAAGAUACUGACACUAAAAUCACCAUUUCACCGCUACAGGACCUGACUCUGUAUAACCCUGAAAGGACCAUCACAGUAAAAGGUGCCAUUGAGGCUUGUUGUCUGGCUGAACAGGAAAUCAUGAAAAAAGUGCGAGAGGCUUAUGAUAACGACAUCGCUGCCAUGAAUCAACAGACACACCUCAUUCCAGGACUGAACUUAGGAGCGCUUGGCCUUUUCCCUCCAUCCUCCUCCAUGCCUCCUCCUCCACCUGGAAACGCUGGAGUUUGCCCCCCAUAUGGCUCCUUUGGGGCUCCUGAGCAGGAGACAGUCCAUGUGUACAUCCCAGCUCAAGCAGUGGGAGCUAUCAUCGGCAAGAAGGGCCAGCACAUUAAGCAGCUGAGCCGCUUUGCCGGGGCCUCCAUAAAGAUUGCACCAGCAGAGACACCUGAUUCAAAGAUGCGCAUGGUCAUUGUUACUGGUCCACCUGAGGCACAGUUUAAGGCUCAGGGAAGAAUAUACGGCAAGCUGAAGGAAGAGAACUUUUUUGGACCGAAGGAAGAAGUGAAGCUAGAGACGCACAUCAAAGUAGCAGCAGCUGCUGCUGGCAGAGUUAUUGGGAAGGGUGGAAAGACGGUGAAUGAACUACAGAACCUAACCGCAGCUGAGGUGGUGGUUCCUAGAGAGCAGACCCCUGAUGAGCAGGACCAGGUCAUUGUCAAAAUCAUCGGCCACUUUUAUGCAAGUCAGCUGGCCCAGAGGAAGAUCAGAGACAUUUUGACACAAGUUAAGCAGCAGCAGAAAGGUGGCAUGGGAGCCCCACAGGCAUCUCACCCACAGAACCUGUCCGAGCUUGGGCCUCAACAGGGAAUGACCCAGGAGCCUAGGAGGAAGUAAGAGGCUCCAGCCCAAAAGUGGACGGACAGACGGAUGGACAGACAGAGAAGAAACAGCGGACUGACUGAGAGAGAGCGACACAGACCCAGCGGUAGACAGGGAGAAAUGAGCAUUUAACAAAGAGGGGAAUUCAAAGGAAAUAAAAAUGCCUGAGAGAGUACAAAAGUUUAGAGAAAAGAUACUAGAACUUUGAGUGAUUUAAAAAAAAAUAAAAGAAAAAAAAAGAAAAAGAGAGAGAGAACUAGGAAACAGAGACCAGAUGCCAGGUCGACUGACUGGGGAUGGCAGGGGUUCCUUGUGGCAGCUUGAGUAAUCAAUGGCUAUGUGGCCUUGAGAGUGCUCUCAUGAAUAGUAUCAUGCUUGGGGCACCCCUGCCAUCACCAGUCACUCAAGUAUUUUAAGGGUGUUUUUUUAAGAAGAGCUAUAUGUAUAGAAAUGUUUAUUCAGAGGUAUUAUAAUGAAAUGCAGUGAGGCAGAGGUGGGGAGAGGGGAGCGGAGAACCCAUCACAUCGAGUCAUCCUUGGCUCAUCCUUUGCCUACAGGAAAUGUAUGGGAGGGGCCAUAGCUGUUAACACUGCUCUUCAAGUCCCUGGCAGUAAACUGUUGGGGGUAAGAACAAAUAAAGAAGAAAAAAAAUGAGGUUGUAUAUAUAAUCUUCAUGAAUUUGUAUUGAAGCACUGUUAAAGCACAGUGAGGGUACAGUAAGUGGGUGGGCCGAGGCUGACCCUGCAGUUCUAUUGCAGAGGCUCAGCUCCGAUAUAAUAAAACUUAACUUCCAGCCCUGAACAACGCCCGGCUACUGCUGCUGGUGCGUGGCCCACGCCAAAAUGGCAUAUUUUAUAUAUAUUAUAUAUAUAUGAUAUGUGAGUUAACCUGGCCCCUCAGAAAGCACAGAAAACGGCAGUGGGAAGGAAAUGUGGCACUGGGAUCAGACCAUCUUUUGCAGAUAUUUUGAGAUCGUUAAAAUUAGCUUUUAGUGUCUUGGUUUGUUGGUGAAUGUUUUUAGCCAAGAUUUAACUGAAAGCACAGAGUGCUGAUAAAAAAUUGAAUUUUGCAUACAUGGGAAAGAUGGAAUGGGAUAAAAAUCUCAAUUCUUUAUCAGUCCUGUUAAUUUGAUUAAUCUGGCCUUUAAAUUAGAUCACAUGAAGGAUGCAGGCUCCCAUGGCCCAGCUCCCCACCCUGCCUAAAUGUGAGAGGUGAACAGCAGGUGAUGUUAAAAUGGCUUCUGCGCGCUCUCUCUCCCCCCUACUCCAUUCGAUAGAUGCUGCUGAGGAGGCCAAAAUGCUGGCUUUCUUCAGUCAUCUUCGAACAGAUUAGAUAGAAAAAAAUAGAAACCUACCUCAGGGUAUUGUUACCUCAGUAUUCCUAACAGCUUCUUUUUUCUUUUCCUUUUUUUUUUUGCUUGCUGGUGUUUUAUAUAAAAGCUGAUAGUCCUGAAUAUUUUAUUUUUUUAAGGAAAAAUAUUUUUAGUUAUUUGUUGGAUAUUUCUUUUUCUUCCCCCUAGUUUUCGCAUGUAUGUGAGUGUGUAUGGAUGAUAACCCACAUUUUUCCACUUUUAAUUUCGAAAGGAUCCAUAUUGGCAGGAGGCAUGAAUGUCUUGGUCUUUGCUGAACCAGUGCUGGCAGAUUCUUCACAGUUGCCUUUGGACCUAUAACCAACAGAAUUUGAAGUCUGGCUUUUUUCAUGUAGUGGUACAACACAGUCAUGGUGUUUAAUCUCUUAACAUGCAAACUUUAAUAGCUGAUUAGCAGUGGCUCUGACUAUAGGAUGUAUUGCUCCUCUUAUUUGGCUCGAUUUUGUUGGGUUUUCUAGCAGUGCUGCCGUUAAUCUUAUGCACUGAAAACCUGGAGUCUGCUUCGAUUGCCAGGAUUGUGCCAUGACUGUAUGUUUAGAAGCAGCCCAGUGACAUCUAAAUAACUUCAAGAUAUAUACUGAGUUUAGGUUCAGCAUAGUGCUUAUUCAACAUCCAGUAUGUACGUGUGAUUGGGACGCGUGUUUUUUUUUUUUUUUUCUUCUUAAAAAAAAAAAAAAGAAAGGAAAACAGUUUGUGUAUAGUUUUUUUUUGUUGUUGUUGUUGAGGGAAAGUGGUUUGAGUGUUAUUAAGGACAGACAAAAAUACAUUCUAUCUACUUGUCUCAGUUAAACCUUUUUUUAACUGAAUGAGAAUACUUUGGAAAAUGGGAGCGAGAAAUUAAGAAAGCGGUCACUUCACAUCAGUGACAGAUUAAACCUGUUUAUGAAUCGCUAAACAAAAUAGACUGAAAACUUUUUUGUAUUUUUAGAAUAAAAAAAAAGGACACAUGACAAAGCCGGGCAAUAUGUAGCGAUUUAAAUGUGAAAGAUAAAUAGAUACUGCCAGAAUCCUUUUUUGUCGAGUACACAUUCCACCUGCGCAUGGCUAAAUGGCGCCUAUUUUGUGCUCAUUUUCACACACGGGUUGAAAUCGUUGCUAUUUUUAAAGAAAAACUAAACAAAAACGCUUCCCUUUUUCUCAGUAGAAAGCAGUGUUCAGGGUUGCAUUGAUUUUCUCCUCCUCAGGUGGGAAGGAAGUCUGUCUCUCUCUCUAGCCUGUAGAUUUCUGUCAGACCAUAAGACACACACACACCACUUUAGAUUUGUUCAGACUGCAGCCUUUUGUUUAACAGCAAGCUUUAUUUGGACAUGACAUCUGGUUGUGUACUGUUUCAUCAGUUUUAGACAAAACAAAAAAAAAAAGAAAAAUUUCUAGAAUCUUUGAAAACUGGGGAAAUAUGGAGUCAAGCUAUUCUAUUGUUCAAUUGGAAUAUAAGGUGUAAAAGAGUUGAGAGGAAGAUGGGCCGAAAUUUUUUUUUGUCUUUUUCUUCUUUUUUCUUUUUUUUUUCUUUCUUUCUUUUUGUUUUGGAAAAGGUAGACAUUUAUUAAAGCUAACUUAAACAGAUUUUAGGCUUUAUGUUCUCACAGAUUUGCUGGAUAUUAAUUCUAGGUCACUAAAAUGAGUAGUCGUGCAGUGCUGCCGAACAUAUGAUGAUGAUCACACUUGUCUCCCUCCUCUCCUUUUCACUUGCUUUGUCCUCCAUCUAUUUCUCCUUUCAUCCCUGUACACAACUCGCAAAUUUUUUUUUUUUACUUAGAUUUUUUGCUACAUAUGAUUUUAUUUUUUUUUUUUGUUUGUUUGGGUUUGGUAUAGACCUUCACCCUCUCUCACGCUGGCCUUGUUUGUGUCCAUUUUCUCGGUUUUGUUCGGUCGUUUUGAGCCGUGUAUUUCAGUUUUAAAUUUUUAACCCCCCUGAAAAAUUUUGUAUAAUUGGAUCAGUUAUUUUCUAUCUUUCUCUCCACCUCUCUCUCUCUCUCUCUCUCGCUCUCUUUUUCUCUCUCUCGAUCAGGUUUCUUUAGAAAAGCACAGAGAUCUCUUUUACUGCUAUUAGAUCAUUUAAAAUACUAACCAGUUGUUUGCAAUGCAGUUAACGCCUGUGCCAAACAGAUUUUCCGAUUUACUCUGUUAAGAUUCGAUCUAGGUUGUUCACGCUGUUUUAGGUGUAGUGUGAAGACUAAUAAAAACUUCCACUUCAGCACUCGCUCUGUUUAAGAAAGGAAAGAAAAACAUAUACAAAAUGCCACCCAAACCUGUAUACGACAAGUUUCAGGAACACAACUGCAUGUUUUUUGUGAUUCUUAUGCAAUUCCUUCACAAGGACUGUUAAUACUCUGGAAAUCAUAGAAUUAUAAAAGGAUUUAACAAAGUCUAUCCAUUUCAGUGCACAGAUUUACACAUAGGCAACAGAUCUAACCUCAUACUAGUCAGGUGUAGCAGACAGACAAAUGCACACCACAGGAAAUUCAUCCUGCUAGUUUCUGGCCUUCGCUCAAAGAAACCAUUUGGGUGCUAAUGACGAUUUAAACCUCACAUAACUAGGAAACGCUACCUCAAGACUUAGCCAUAAGAUUGUUUUAUCAACCUGACAAGAGCGAAAGUGCAUGUUACUUUUUCACUUUAAUUUUUCUUUAAUUUAUUAUUUUUUUUUCCUUUUUUGCUUCUCUUUUUUUUUUUUUUUUUUUCUUUUCCAGUCAUUCUUUAUUUUAGAGUUGAGGCCGUGAUAGAGGGAAGGGAGGUGAUGAUUUGGUAAGCGGAGAUGAUCUGGUUGUUUGGUGUUGGGAGGACUUGGUUUGUAGGUGAUUUGUAAAAACAGUGAAGGAUCAGGAACAUGAAGAGCCCUCUAGUUUAGACUACAUAUAAUGUCACUACUCAAGUCAUUUUCUUUUUUAGAGCACGAACAAGUGUGAAGCGUUGCCUUCACUCGUGAUAUGUAAAUACCCACUAAAUGAGAAGUGCUCAAUAACCCUCAAACACAUUACUCUACCUCCUGAUUCUGCGUAAUUUUGACCUCCCCUUAAACCAGAGCUCCAAACAAACAGUCACACAGUUCACUUGUGUUGUUAGUUAUCCAGCUGCCUAUACUGGUGUUUCUUUUCGUAACGACUGACAUUGGAUGUGGCCGAGUCCCAGAUCAGCAUCAAGGUAUACUGGAGUCCCUCUCAUCCUCAGCUUUCCACCCCACAGUCCUUCCUUAUCAUUUUUUUUAUCUUCUUCAAUCAAGAAGCUCAAUAUCUAUAUUCAAGUAACUUUUUUUGUUGAUCUACCUCUUAGAGAACAAAUGAAUAAAUAGACAAAUGUAAAAUGGGGGAAAAAGGACAAAAAGUAAAAAAAAAAAAAUACAAAAUAAAAAAAAGUUUAGAAAAAUUCUCGAAUGAAAAAGUAAUAAAAUAAUUAAUGAUGUAAACAACUGGGUAGAAGCAUCUCCAUAUACUGUAGUGGAUAGUGUAUUAAAAAAAGAAUACUUUUUCUUCCAAAGAUGAUUUUUGUUUUGUUUUGUUUUCGCCAUUGUUUAGACCAUUAUUCAAGAUUAAUUGUUAAAUAAAGAAUAAACAGAUGGGGUGGGAAAGUUAAAAGAAAAAUAUCAAUUUCAUUAUUCAAUUUCUUUUUUUCUUUUUUUUUUUCCAUUCCUCGUUAGAUUGACUUAAGUUCUUAAGUUUGCAAUUCUUCAUCCUUUAUUUGAUUAAUUUUUUUCUGAUUGCUUUUUUUGGAAUGACAUAGGAUUGUAUCUCGUUUUGGAUGCAUUAGAAUUCUCUCUCUCUCUCGCUCUCUCUGUAAACUGCAACAUAGUUCUCAUUGAGACAUUGCAGAGCAGCAUGAUACUGAAUUCAUUCUUUCUUUUUCUUUUUUUUUUUAAUCUUUAUUGAUGCAACAGGCAAGUAAAGGGCCUAUUUAGCUGACUAGGGCACAGUUUAGGAGGAGGAGAGGAAGAAGAGUGAUUUAUCACGUCAAGUCCCAACCCAUAAGCCCCCUCUUAUCGCAGGUGCCAUGGACACUAUCUGGACUUUCACCUUUCUGCCUGCCAAUUUUUCUUUCAUUUCUCAUCCACAUUUGUUCUGAAAUUCUUGUAAACAAUACAGAGCAUAGAUAUGAAUGUGUUAUUAAAAGAUGAGAAAACCGGAAAA